AUGUUCGCAAGAUCAACUUUCAUCCGUCUAUUCUCAACAACAGGCAGAUCACUAGCCGAAGCCGAGAAAAAAGUCUCGAAAGAGGCUCUCAUGACACUCCGAAAACGUACUGGUUAUAGCUAUGUUAAUUGUAGAAAAGCUCUCGUUAAGUUUGGUGAGAACGAUAUGGAUAAUGCUGUCAAAUGGUUGAAAGAAGCCGCCGCUAAAGAAGGAUGGGCCAAAGCAGCUAAACUUGGUACACGUGUUACUUCAAACGGUCUCGUCUCGGUUGCCACUGACAAAUCGUCAGCUGCAGUUGUCGAACUGAGUUGUGAAACUGACUUCGUUGCCCGAUCUGGUGCAUUCAAAGAUCUUCUCACCAAUAUUUCCACCUCCGCCCUCACUAAAGCAAAAUCUCAAUCGAGUUCGAGUGGUUCAAAACUUCAGGAGUUCUCUUUCGAACUUGGAGAUCUAACUGAUAAAGAUGGAAAGAAUAUGCGCGAGGUGCUUUCAUUGGCAAUUGGAAAACUAGGAGAAAAUAUGGCUGUGAAGAGAGUGAAAGCUUAUCAAGCUCCAACAGGAACCACAUUGUUCGGAGCAUCACAUCCAAAAGACGGAACCGAUGAAGUUCCUAUGGGAAGAUUCAUCUCCCUAAUUGCAUUGAAUCAACCAACACCAGGAACAAUCAGUAGUCAACAACUUGCCGGGCAGAUCUGCCAGCACAUCAUCGGAAUGUCACCAGAAACCCUCGGGGAAGCUACUGAAACCGUCAAAAGCCAAGAUGGAUUGAGCAGCCAGGAAGGACACGAUCCAGACGCGGAUCCAGUUGUUGUCACCAAUAUCGACGACUCUGAAACAGCUCUUCUCCGUCAAGCAUUCAUGCUCAAUCCUUCUCAGUCGGUUCACGAGUAUCUCAAAUCUCACAACGCAAAUGUCCUCGAUUUUGUCCGCGUGGAGCUCGGAAGCGAGCAGUAA